GACAAAUAUAUUCUACAGAACCACCUAAGAAACCACACAAAGGCGAACUCUGAAAUGUUCUGCAUGCGGCAGAUGUUUCAAAAACAAAGUUUUCUUCGAGAAACACACGAGAUUGAAUAAUUGCUUGCAAUGCAUAAUAUACCACCAGAAGUUUGACCUGCUAGAAAAAUUAUAUCGUCACGGUGAGACGUGUUGCAGAGUAUCCCUACAGCAAGUUUUCCAUCAAGGCAAAUACAUUGAAAUAUUUGAGUGAACACAUGAAAUCGGAACACAUAUGAAACUGACCUGCUAGAGGAUCCUCUGUACUUUCCGUAUUUUAGACGUUUUAUUGGCUCAUCUAUUGAUUCCUCGAUCGUAAUGGAUGCUGGUAACUGGAAACAUAAGCUUGAAAUUAUUAAGAACUCCAAUCUGCAAGAAGAAUUGAAUCGCGAUAUGAAGAAAGACCAUGGACUAUCUCGUAAUUCCUGUGAUAAUGUGUUACCUCGUGAAUCGAUUCAGAAUGUAUCAUUUUCCAAAAAUAGUAAUACUUCGGUUACGAAUCAUCCGGCAAUUUUGGAUGGCUCAGGGAUCGCCAAAAAGCCAAGACAUGAAGUUUCGAAGAAGGUUAAAAGUACUUAUAAGAGAAAGCAAUUGGACGAGUGUUUUAUAUGCGGUAAACGUUUCCGAAAGAAGUCCACCUACGAGAGACACAUGGAAUGGGAUGAUUGCCUGCAAUGUAAAUAUUGCGACAAGAGGUUUGACUUACGAAAAGAAUUAUAUUGUCACUAUAAAACGUGUCGUAAAUUUAAAUAUACCUGUCGCGUGUGUUCUUACAAGGCAAAUUCAGAUACUUGUUUGAAUGAACAUAUAAAAUUGGAACACAAGGACCUCUUCAGUGAUAACAUAUUUAAUUGUACCAAAUGCCCCAAGAAGUACCAAUCGUGGCAAGCUCUUAAAAAACAUGAAACAGUUCACGCGAGGAUCACACCACCUGUAAAAUGCAGACAGUGUGGUAGCAUCUUUAAGAGCAAAUAUAUUCUACUGACUCAUAUGAGCAAAGAACACCCAGAUAAAGAAACGUAUGCUUGUACGCUUAACUGUUUUGUCAGUUUCGAAACGCAGGAAAAAUUGGAUCAACAUAAUGCCAAGCAUCACAAUUGGUCUUGCCCGAAAUGCAAGAAAAAGAUAUUACUAACCUGUAAUAGACAAGCACACCUGCGACUUCAUAGCAAUUACAAACCUUAUAUCUGCGACGAAUGCGGCAGCGGGUAUGCUUCUAGAGGCGCUCUGAUCAAUCACAAGAGAUUAACACACACUAAUUUAAAGGGGAAACUUCCUCUUAGAACGUUGCCGAAAAGAAAAAACAAGAGACGCAUUGUUGUAGACUUUUCGACAGAAGAAGAAAGCGAUGAUUUAGAUCAAUUAAAAGAUUUAGAUCAAUUAAAAGAAGAGGAAAAGGCAUAAAUAAUAUGUUUACUGCCCUCUUUUCGGUGGAUUUUCGUGAACGAGUGUAUUUCUACGAAUAUUAUUGUUGUAAAUUUUGUUUAUAAUUACUUACGCUGAGUUUAUAAUUACUUACGCUUUUUAUAGAUUUUUAAUAGGUUUAAUAACUCUUUAUAUGCGGAAUAAUAAGCGCGAUAUGUAAGAAAGAAUUCGAGAAUGACAUUACGAUGGAUUGUAUAUAUAUACAUAUAUAUAUGUACAUA